AUGGCGCCAAAAAAGAGCGUGGCUUGGGAUCAUUUUGAAGACAAGGGCAAUGACAAAGCUCAAUGCAGGUAUUGCAAAAUAGAUAUAUCAUACAAGUCCUCAGUCUCCAAUUUAACAAAACACAUAUAUAGAAAACAUGGCACUAUACAGUUAGUACCCAGGCAAGGCGUUUCAGCUGCUGCUGGUAUGACAGAGAGGCAGGCUGCAGCUUCUGUUACUGAUGCAGUAACGCAACUGCAAGGUAAUCCCGUCUCAGUUUCAUAUCCUAAUGCAGCACCUAUAUUAUCAAGGAAUUUAAUGACGUCCUAUUUACGUCAAGACUGCGCAAAAAUUAAAAAAGAUAUAGAUCGACACAUAUUAAAUCUAUUUGUUUACGAUUUACAACCAUUUUCUAUAGUGGAAGACAGGGGGUUUCGGGAACUUAUUGCGUUUGCCUUUCCUAAUUAUAUUUUACCCACCAAAAUUUUUUUCAAAUAA